UUUCCUGCGGAGCGGCGCGGAAAAGUGAACCCGUGGCAGAGUGUCAAACAUGCCACGUCCCGCCCCGCCGCUGUUGUGACCACGCACUUACACACUUGUCACAAUGUGCAGCUGUGUUCCUCCAGCCUCCAUACACCCCUACAGCCCCAUCAGGUCAUGAUCCACGCCUUCCGGGCAAGGAUAGAUCACUGAGACACCUCCCACAUCUCCUCUUGUGUACUGCAUUGAGACGACUCGCUAGGCUUGAUGUCUGACCCACUGCUAGAAAACAUGAUCGAGAACAGUAAGGUGCUAGACAUGAGGCAGGCAGUGUUCAGCCGCGCUCCGCUCUCCUAUAGGGUUGGCAACUCAACUCUCCAUGUACAGACCAGGUUUGUGAUGCUAGUGUCUGCUGUGGGUCUCAUUGCCCUGCUUGUUCUGUUCCUGGUGAUGCCGGCCUCGCGUUUUGGCUCCAGCAACCUGACUAGUGACCUUCUGGGCCACGGCGAGGACCACAGCCAUCGCCAUCGCCCUUGGUACACAGGCUUCUAUAACAGUACCUACCCCCUGAGCACCCCAGUGUACAGCGAUCGUGGCUACAUCAAGUAUCGCAUUGCUGUUGUGAGUGAUCUUGACACAGACUCCAAACAUCCCACUGAGAAGAACACUUGGCUCAGUUACUUGAAGAAGGUAAGUCAUGUGAGGGUCACCUCAACCGUCAAUGUGGAGAGUCAGGAGGUCAGCGUGGAGUGGGACAAGGAUGUGGUCACCCUUACAUCUGGCAUGGCGUAUGGCGGGCGUGGCAUGGAGUUAUCAGAGCUGGUUGUGUUCAAUGGGCGGCUGUAUGCUGUGGAUGACCGGACAGGGGUGAUUUAUGAGGUGGACUUGCAGGGCAGCCGCGUCAUUCCAUGGGUUAUCCUGACUGAUGGAAGUGGCAGGGAGAAGAAAGGUUUCAAGAGUGAGUGGGCUACAGUAAAGGACGAAACACUGAUUGUGGGCGGCCUAGGCAAGGAAUGGACCACUAGUACAGGGGAGCUGGUGAACCACAAUCCACAGUGGGUCAAGACAGUCACCACCAGAGGGAAUGUUGAGCACUUUGACUGGACCAAAAACUAUGAGAAGCUGAGGGAGGCUGUUGGCAUACACUUUCCUGGGUACAUGAUCCACGAGUCUUGUGUUUGGGCCGAGACAAUCAAAAGUUGGGUGUUCCUGCCUCGUCGUGCCUCCACAGCCCGCUACAAUGAGGUGGAUGAUGAACACAAGGGGACUAAUCUCAUGCUCACGGCCUCUGAGGGCUUUGAAGAAGUGAAGGUGAAACACAUCGGGGAGAGGCUGCCCACUCACGGCUUCUCCAGCUUCAAGUUCAUCCCCGGCACAAAGGAGAACCUGGUGGUGGCGCUCAAGUCGGAGGAGGUGAAGGGGAAAGUGUCCACCUACAUCAUGGCCUUCAGUAUGGACGGGAAGGUGCUGCUGCCGGAGACCAAAGUUGGGGACUACAAGUUUGAAGGGAUAGAGUUUGUAUAGUGAUGAAGUUGCCUAGUUAUUUAUGAGGCUUGUAGCUUAUUUGUGUGUGUGUGUGUGUGUGUGUGUGUGUGUGUGUGUGUGUGUGGAGAGAGACAGAAGUGAUUUAAGUCUGAUUCUGGUAGAUGGUGGUGUAAAUUCUUCAAAUGUGUAGCUUAGGUUGUGUAGUGAAAAAAAUUAUUUAUUGCUUCUUCAAUUUACCUUUCAGUGUUUAUUUUCAUGUGUGUGUGUGUGUAUGUGUGUGUUUAUGUGGAGAGAUGAAUGAGGUAUGGUAGUCUUUGAUGAAGCAAGUUACAUAUAGAUAAGUACACACAGACUGGCCGUUUGAAGAGGGCUGAGUCACAGGUACUCCUCAUUGAUAUUAUUAUUGUUAUCAUCACUUGUUCUUGUAGUGGAAGUGAAUGAUACAAGUGUUUUUUGAAGCAGGGACUUAUACAUAGGGGGUGAUUUGACCUUGUAGCUAUAAUUGAAGGUUUAAUAAGAGUUUUAGGGCAUUCUUGUGUGAGUAUUAGGUUAGUUUUGGUUCUUAUAAUGUAGUGUUCAGGUUUUCUGUGAUGGUGAAGUAAUGUAAAGUGUGUUAAAGGGAUUGAAGUCUAUUUUAAGGCCAAAUAACAAGGGUAUGAGGAAAAGGAGAGAAUAAUAUUAACUGUUUUGAUGUUGAAUAAGGAGUGUUUGAAAAAAAAUGAGAGUAUUACUAUAUUUUUGUUAUUGAAGGAAAGUUAGAGGGAAUGAAGAGAAUAAUAAUAGUCUGUUUUGGUGCUGAAGAAGGAAUGUUUAGGCAAAGUGAGAGAAUAAUGUUGUGAAAUUAAAUAAGCAAAGUUUGAAUGCAUUAAGAGAUAAGAGAAUGUUGUGGAAUCAAGCAGGUAUACUUUUGAGGGAGGUUAAAGUGAAUAUAUUAUUACCCUAUUUUGGUGUUGAAGAAGGAAUGUUAAGGGGAAGUGAGAGAAUAAUAUUAUAAAAUUAAAUAAGUUUGAAGGCACCAAGAGGUAAAAGAAUGUGGAGUCAAGUAGGUACAAUUUCAGGAAGCUUAAAGUGUAAUAUUACUCCACUUCGGUGCUGAAGAAGGAAUGUUCAGGGGAAAUGAGAGAAUAAUAUUAUAAAAUUAAAUAAGUUUGAAGGCACAGAGAGGUAAAAGAAUGUUGUGGACUUAAGAAGAUACAUUUUGAGGGAGGUUAAAGACUAAAUAAUUAAGAAUAAUAUUAUGAAACUGAAUAAGCAAAGUUUCAAAGCAUUAUUAGGCAUAGUUUGAGAGAUGUGCAAAAUUAACUGCCUCACUGCCACAUGCAACACCUCACACCAAUAGAAGCAACAAAAAACUUGAUAAUCAUUGAGAAAAAAAGAAGAAGAAGAAAAAAAAAGGAAUUAAAGCAAUAGAUUUAACAAUUUUUAGCUAGUAUAAUUUUCAGAGGUGACUGUGAAGCAAGGAAAAAACCUCAAAAUGGUUAUCAAUUAGGAAACACCAUACCAGAUUGGGGUUAUGGGAUGCUGCGGGGAGAAAAAUUGUGGUUCUGGGGUGUUGUAGGGAGAAUAAUUGGUUCUGGGGUGUUUUGGGAGAGAUAAUUGUGGUUCUGGGAUAUUUUGGGAGGAAACAUUGUGGUUCUGGGGUGUUUUGGGAGGAAUAAUUGUGGUUCUGUGGUAUUUUUGGGAGGAAUCAUUGUGGUUCUGGGGUGUUUUGGGGGAGAUAAUUGUGUUUGCAGGUAAAGUGUCAAAUAAUAAAGUUUACCAAGCUGAUUGUGUGAGGGAUGUGAGGUUGUAAGUUUUGAUUAAGCUGUAUGGCAUUUACUCCCAUAGUAUUAUGAACUUGACUGACACAAACUUGAGGCAUUUAAACCCAUGUGGUGAGUGUGAGUGAGGUGAGUGUGAGUGAGGUGACCUGGAAAUGUGUGAACUUAGUCGGAUUAGUGAUAAGUUUAGGACCUAGUAGGUAAACUGUGUUGAAGUUUUUUGUGUGCAAAGGAAGCUUGACAAAGGCUGUAAAUAACUUAACAAAAGGGCCUGAUUAAUAAAUGGUCUAAAAAAUGCCUUAAUUACUGUUGGAAAAAUGGCUGAUUUAAUUACUAGUAAAAGGCCUUAAUUAUUGGUAAAAAAAAAAAGCCUACUAAAUUGCUGGUAAAAAGGCCUCAAUUGUUGGUUAAAGACCUGCCAAAUAACUUGAAAAAGGUCUGUUUAAUUACUUAUCAAAAAGGUCUGCUUAAUUAGUUACUGGUGUAAAAAAAGACCUUGUUAAUUACUGAUAGAAAAAAGCUAAAUAUUAGUAAAAAAAAAAGCCUGCUUAAUUGUAAAAAAUAGGCCUACAUACUUACUGGUAAAAAAAGAAAGACCUGCUUAAUUACCAGUUAAAAAAGAAAGAUCUGCUUAAUUAUGGUAAAAACAAAGGCAUAAAUUAAUAGGAAAAAAAGUUUACUCAAUUACUGAUCUAAAAAAAAUUGAGUAAAAGAAAAUGGUUGUACUGAUGUUGUCUGAUACUUCCAAAUGCGUCUUUAUACUCCUCUUGAAAUGGUGUGAAGUGAGAGGCAGGGGAGAGAAACAGACUUGGGCAGCAUUUCACAGUGUACCAUUGUAAGGAGUGAAAGAGUGAACGUGCUGCUUUAACUCUUGCACUGGUGAGGUGGACAGAAUAGGAAUGAGAGUGGGUAGAAAGACUUGAGUUGUUUUAUUCUAGAGGUUAUUAAUGAAAGGAGUGAAAGAGUAAAGCCACUGGUUAACUCUUGCAUUGGUGAAGUGGAUAGAAUAAGAAUGAGAGUGAAUAGAAAGUCUUGUGAUGUAUUUGCUCCAUUAUCAUAGAGUGUACCAAUUUACCAAUGAAAGGAAUGAAAGGCUAAAGACGCUGGCUAACUUAACUCUUGCAUUGGUGAAGAGGACAGAAUAGGAAUGAGAGAGUAGGAGAGUGAAUAGAAAGUCUUGUGAUGUAUUUACUCUGUUACUGUAGCAACAUAUGAUUGAUUCUAUAUUGAUUUUGCUGUGUGUAAGUUAAUCAUGUGAGUGUGGAGGUGAUUGCAUCAAGAUUACACACCCGGUUUGUUGAAGAUUGUACAAAGUUAACCUGGUGAUGUGUGGUGUUUGAAUCCACGUGUAUAUAGAUGUUAACUUAUAGAGUGCCUGUGUAUAUUGUGUACUGGUGUGGUGCAGGUUGUAAUGUGCAGGAGAGCUGAGUGAGGUGAUGUGUCAGCCACCUGAAAUGUGCUGGUGGUAAUGGUGGUGAUGGUGUGGUUGUGGUGAUGGUGGUGCACUGAUGGUAAGAGUGUGUGAUGGUGAAAUAAAUAAAAGCAAAUUGUAGUAGGUAGGAAGGUGAGGAGUAGUGGUGGUGGUAGUGGUGGUGGUGUAGAGGUGGUGAAAGAGUUUGAUUGAUAAAUGUAAAGCAAGCAGAUAGUAAUGCUGACAAGUGUGUUUUGAAAGCAUUAAAUGUGUGCUGGAGGGCAGUGAAACUUAUUACACACACACACACACACACACACACACACACACACACACACACACACACACACACACACACACACACACACACACACACACACACACACACACACACACACACACACACACACACACACACACACACAUGUAUCUGUGAAGUGAUUGGUGAAAACUUUACUCAGCGGAAUAAAGAGAUGGAAUUUACUUAGGCCAAAUGAAGGUAAGAAUACUUGAAAAUCCUGCAGAUACACAGAGUGAAGUGAAGGACAAGUACCUCUCCUGUGCAUAUAUAAAACUUGUGUGUCACCAUUUAUGUAUAUGUAUAGAUUCAUUAUACUGUAUACCUAUGAGUGGUGUGCGUACAGAUUAUUGACCACGUAUAUACAUUAUAGAAGUGUGAUAUCAGUGUGUACAUGCAUAUAGAUGUGUUGAUUUCAGUAUUUAUUGUUCCUGUAGUGUGGGUGAGUGUAAAGGGUAGCAUGAUGUGGUGAGGCAUGGCUGUCGAGAACUGUAUGAAUAUUGUACUCUAUUGAUUAUUAUUAUUAUUAUUAUUAUUUUUAUUUUUAUUUUUAUUUUUAUUUUUAUUAUUAUUAUUAUUAUUAUUAUUAUUAUUAUUAUUAUUAUUAUUAUUAUUAUUAUUAUUAUUAUUAUUAUUACAAGAUACACUUGGUUGUUAAAAAGCAUACAUUAUUAUCCAGUUUGAAAUUUACUUUGGAAAGAGUGGUAAGAAGAGCCUGCUGGGGGACAUCAACACCUGGCUCCUUCAGCUUCUUGAUCCCCUUGGUGUAGGUCAACUUCAGUCUGAAUUCCCUCCUCUUGAUUUACUUCUCUGUGCAUUGGUUGUUCAGUUUCUUAACGGCUCCUUUCCACUUGUUCAAUUCGGGGCAAUUGUGUGGCCAGAUAUUCUUGCCUUUGAACAGAUCACCAUGUUAGGAAGAAUGGCUGCAUUUCACGAUCUUGGCAAAGGUGAGGUAUCCAUUCAUAUCCUCAGCCAUGAUCUUUGCCACCUCGUAGUGUUGGAACACCAUGUAUGCAUACCCAUAGCUCUGGCCAGUCCUCUUGCUGCAUCCAGGCUUGACAUUCUCCAGUACUCCAAACUGCCUGAAGUAAUGGCUGAUCUGUCCCUUGAACGAGCCGUGGGGAAUAUUGGACUGCACAAUGACGGCUCUCAUGUCAUCGUCUUUAGUGCUCUGCUUGAGGGCUUGUGUCUUCUGCAGUGUCCUCUCACAGAACUCUCCAUCACCAGUCCUCUGAAGGGCAAGGAACUUUGCGGCAGUGGUCCUUUUAGCAGCAGGUGAAGCAGCUUUUUUGGUCCUGUGAGUGGUGAUCUUAUUGGCUUGCAGAGGAGAGGUCUCCUUGGUCUUCAAAGAGCCUGGCUUGAUGGUCUUGAUGCCUUUGGUCUUUGCCAUGGCUGGAAGAAGCACCAAAGUGAAAGACUCAAAGAAACAAGGCAGUGAAUUCAGGUUUGAUUUGGAUUUACAACCUGAAGUGAGACAGAUCAGCAAGGGCUAGUUUAAGAUCAUGUACAACUCAUAUAUACACAUAAAACUAAGCCUUCAGAUACCUACAAAGAAAAUAGUUAUGUAUUUCACACAUUAUUAUUAUUAUUAUUAUUAUUAUUAUUAUUAUUAUUAUUAUUAUUAUUAUUAUUAUUAUUAUUAUUAUCAUUAUUAUUAUUAUUAUUAUUUUUGUUGUUGUUAUUAUUCAGUCAUUCAUACAAGUUGGAGGAGGAGGUGAGAAGAAACACAAGUGUUGGGAGGUGUGUUUAUUCUGGACUAGCUUCACACAAGAUUAUUCAGUUAUGAACUCACCUCCCAACACCUCUGUUUGUUCUCACCUCCUCCAUUAUUAUUAUUAUUAUUAUUAUUAUUAUUAUUAUUAUUAUUAUUAUUAUUAUUAUUAUUAUUAUUAUUAUUAUUAUUAUUAUUAUUAUUUGUCAUUCAGUCUUUUAUGUGUGGUGUGAAAGACAACCGAAAGUAACAGGAAGAGAGAGAGAGAGAGAGAGAGAGAGAGAGAGAGAGAGAGAGAGAGAGAGAGAGCUACCACUAUAUCUAUCUUCCUCAUACAACCAAGAAUAAGAAAACCUCUUUUAUAUUUUCAUCUCAUUUUCUUAAUUUCUAGUUAUGCUUCUGUCUUGGUAACCACCUAGUAUAUGUUGAGGGCAAAUUGUGUGCUGCUCACCAUUAUUAUCAUCAUCAUUAUCAUGCCUUGGGUGGGGGACAGCUUGGCCAAGCAUUCCCUGGCCAGGUUGGGAGAACACUGCCAUUGUACUCCCAGUGUGUUCAUGAGAGACGACCAAGAGGCAGGAAGUGAGGGGAACAGGAACCUCCUCCUUGAUCAAUGCCUUUAUUCCUAUGAUGAAGCAGUGAUGUGUUCACCUUGGCCCAAUUAUCCUGUGAAGAUGGGUGUUGGCCAGGUAUAUAGAUAGAUUAUUAUUAUUAUUAUUAUUAUUAUUAUUAUUAUUAUUAUUAUUAUUAUUAUUAUUAUUAUUAUUAUUAUUAUUAUUACACAAGAAAAUAAGGGUUGGUGCAGGAAGCCAUCAGGCCCAUACGUGGCAGUCCCUGAAAGAAACAUGUCUACCUAUUUCCACCUGUCAUCCCCAUCCAUAAAUUUGUCUAAUCUUCCUUUAAAGCUCCCUAGUGACUCAGCACCAACAACCUGAUUAUUGAGUCCAUUCCAUUCAUCUGCCACUCUAUUUCAGAACCAAUUCCUUCGUAAUUCCUAUUAUUUUGUGCCAGUUUAAGUUUAUUUACCAAUUGUGAGGCUUUGUAUUUAUUUGUGAAGGAGUGGGUGUGGAUGAACCAGUUAGCAGUGCAUUGAUGAGAUUGUGGUGAGUGAAUAGAUGAAUGACAGUGAAUGGAUUGUGAUGAGUAGAAGAAUAAACAUAUAAAGAAUA